UCAUAACUUAGAUCAUAUACUAUAUGAUCUAAGCCUCAUACAUACACAUGAUAUACCUAUAUUAAUUAUACGUUAUUCACUCCACUGAUAUCGCUCCGGCAAUACUUUUAAACUUAAACGGCAUAUUUAAGCAUAUACUAGCAUAUUGUAAUAUUAUGGUAAAUGUUAAAGGCAUAAGCCAUAAAUGCGUAUAUUUUUAAAGCAUAAUGUUCCUUGCCCAAAUUAUGAAAGUAAAAUAUAUUCUCGUCUGUUAUUCAGAUUCGAAUAAUUUAUUAUUUUCUGCCGCAAUGUCGCGACGACGAUAUCAUUCAUUUUAUUAUUUACUCAGAAUGAAAAUAAUAAAAUAAAAUAAAUAAAUAUUGAGAUUAUGCACAGUAGGCACAUUAUACAAACUCCCAGCAAAUAUUGCUUAUUUCGUUUCUUGUAUAGUUGUAUAGACUGUAGAGGCGAUAGAACCAGAUGAAUAGUAGUAGUUAAUAGUUAAUGGCUCACUAGCCAUUAGCUAAAUAGUAAAUACGUAAGAUGGCAUUAUGACAAUGUUAAUUAAUAAUUAAUAACGUCCGAUACGUUCGAGUUUUGUACGGAAAAUCGACUAAAUCGAGAUAGCAGAAAUCGGAAUAAUAUAUUGUAUUGAAUAUUUAUUGUGAUAAAUUCAAGUUUUCGCUGCUCUCACUUGUUUUCCAUCUAUAAUUGACGAAUUUAUGAUACACUCGUGUUUUGUAUACUGAAAAAUGGCUGGUUAUGUCGAUGACUUGUCUGAUUCGAUGGGAGCUUUGUCCUUCAAUGAUGACCACUGGAAUGAACUAGGAUUGGAUGACAGCAUUCAAAGACAGCUUAGAAAAAUAGAAAAAGAUUAUGAAAGUAUUUUCUCAUGGGACAUCCAACAAUUAACAGGCGUUAAUCAAAACCUUAUGAUGAACCUCAUUGAUAAAGUUCAUGAAAAAUUAGAAAUGAUCAUAGACAAGAACAAUGAAUUCAAUUUAAAUAGAUUUUAUUUACAAUUGGUAGCUAGUUAUGAACUUUACAUUAGUAAAAGUUAUCAAGAAUCAUAUUUGGAAAUUGAAAAUGUUCUUAAAUUUAUGGAAACCUGUAAAUUUGAUGAGUCAAAUGAACAGUACUCUGAUGCUUACUACCAUAUUGCUCAUGCCACCAAUGCUUAUAUUGCAUUAACAUUAAAAAUUGAUUCAGAAAAGGUAAAUUUGAAUUUUGCUCAUCCAUUAUUUCAAGUUAACGGAUUCAGACCAAAGCAAUUUUUAAAUGUUCUAUCUGCAAAUGUAAAAGAAUUAACUAACAAGAUUAAAUGGAGUGUAGAAGAAAAAAAAAUGAUUGAAAACACAUUUGACAAGUUGAAUAAAAUAUCAAAAUUACAUUUUCAUGACAGUCGAUUUAAUGAUAAUAUAAAAACUGCUUUUCAUAAUAAUAAUGAAGCCAAUUCAAAUAAAAGACAUCAUAAUAAACCGUAUAAUAAUAGAGACGACAAAUCUUGGCGAAAACAAAAGGUUGAUUUGUCAGAGAAUGGGUCUAAUAAUAGCCGUCAACACCAAUUUGCUUCAAAACAAAUAAAUCAAAAUAAGUCUUCAGAAAAACAUAGUGAUCUAAACAUAAAACCUUCAACAAGCCAGCAUAAAGUGAUUGAUUAUAAUUUUAAAUUACCUACACAAAAAUCAAAUGAGCCAAUAAACAGUUUGAAUAAUUCAGAUAACAUAAAGACAAAACUAAAUAAAUUUGAAAACAAAUUUAGUUCCUCGAACGAUUUACAUGUUGUGUCAUUAGAAAACAACUCUAUCAGCAAACCAUUCAGUAGUGUAAUACGUGGCAGAGGUAGUAAAAUAUUUGGUGGUAAUAAACUAAGUUGGCGAAACCCACAAAAUAACCCUCAAAAUCAAGACAGCUUUGAAAUAUUUCACAACAAUGGUAUUAAUUCUCAACACUCACAUGGAUAUAAAAACAAGUAUCCAAAAAAUCAACAAGACGGAGACCCAAAACAUAAAUUUGGGAAUCGUCCACACUUGUCUAAUAAGUCAUGCAAAAAAGAUAUUGACGAUAWUGAGAGUUAAAUACAUUUUUCAAAACUAAAUUUAAAUAUAAUUGAUUUAUCUUUUAUUUUCACUAAUAAAAUUGUUAAAUUUAUGUACCUACUAUUACUCUUUUAAGACUUUUUUACA